AAUGAGUUAUCACUUUUAUCCUAAACCUUUUUAAUUCUGUAAAAUAAUUAAAUAAUUUUAGAUUACUACCCACCUUAUAUUCACUAACUUGGCAUUCAUCUGAUACAUCCUUAUAAUCUAAAUAAUUAUCCUCAAUAAAUGAGCUCAUUUUAAUAUUAACCCAUAAUUGGUAAUUCUUCAGACAAUUGUAUUGUAAUAGAAGAUGAUAAUGUAAACUUAUUAUUUAUUAUUACUUAUUAGAUUUAGCAUCCACCUAAUCCCAAUCAAUAAUUAAUAAUUUAAACACAAACUAAUAGAGAACAGACAACUCAAUAAGAGUAGUUGAUGAUUUUAGAGUAACCAUUUAAGAAGUAGAUAUAAUAAAAUGAUAAAUUAAAUGAAAAUGAACCACACAUUCGUAUAAAAGUCUUUAAACAGCAUUCAAGUUAAAUUGAUGCUGAAUAUAUUCUUUAAUAUGAUAGGUAAGUAUAUUAUUAAUCAAUUAGAAUCUUGGGAAAUGAAUACAAAAAGGAAAUAACUAUAGGUAGAAAAAAAUAAUAAGAUGAUAAAUCAGAAAAUUGUGAUAUUUGUAAUUAUUUUAAAUAAUCAUUCUAGAUUUACCUCAUGGAGAGAAAAACGUUGAAAAACUUCAUUGUAAACUGUUAACUGAAAAAGGAUUUUCUUAUUCAAAUCUUCUAACAAAAUCAGUUCUUAUAUUCUUCUCAUUAUUUAGGUCAAAUAAAUCAGCAUUAAAACUACCUUUUUCAGUUAGAAAACAUAUAUUUUCAUUUAUUAAGUAAUCAUAUUCAUAAUUCUUAGAGAAAAGCCUUAAUUUUAUUUAACUGAUAAUGCAACUAAAGCUGGAACAUUUAUGAAAAUUAAAAAGGACAAUCUAAGAAUUAUGUAAUUACAUUAUACAUAUCUGAUUGGAGCUGAUACAUACUUCCAAGUUAUAGAAAUCAAAUCUAAAUCAACUUAAAUGAAAUUUAAAAAAAAUAAAGAUUUAAAUUAGUUUUAUAAUGCUCUUGCAAAAGAACACUUAAAAAAAGGAACUAAGAUUCAUGGACUUACAUUAGAGGAGAAUGAAUAAUUAAAUUUAUUAAUAAAUGAAUUCAGAACUAAUAAUUUAAGACCAAGAAUAUCAAAUAAAUUGAAUCAAUAUGAUAGACCCUAUUUAAAAUUUUCAUUUAAUAGUGCUUCUGUGAAUUAAAUUUAAUCACAUAUAUUUAUAGCCAAUUAUGAUUAAGAAUCAGUUUUUAAAAUUGGAAGAUCCUAGGAAUGUGAUGUCAUAGUUAAUAUCAAUACUGUUUCUAGAAGAUAAGCAUAAAUAAUAUAUAAAAAUAAUGAGUAUUAAUUUAUAUUUAAUUAAAUUAGAUGGUUCAUUCAUGAUGGUGAAGGUAUUAGAGAAUCAGCAAAUGGUACUUGGUAAUCUUUACAAAAUUAUUCAUCAAGAAAUCAUGAAAAAAAAACAUAGAGCAAACCAAGUUUAAUUGAAGAUUAAAUGGAAGUUAAAAUUAGUGAUAACAUUAUCAAAUUUGAUUUUGUAAACUUUGGUGUUACAAAAAAGUAUAUAUUAUAUUAAUUUAAGACGAAAACUUAAUUAAGCCUUAAUACAAGACUUACUUUAGUGA